AUGGCGAGCGACUGGCCCCAGGCGUCCCGAGUGCCCAGCUUUGCCCAAAUGCUGAAGAAGAACCUGCCCGCCCAGCCACCACCGCAACCUUCUCUGCAGGCCUCGGCUCCCUUGUUUCCGCAGGCAGAGAACGCCAAAGCCAUGUUUUUACCGGCAGAAACGUCUAACAUUUCCAGCUUGGCUUCCAAGGUGACGAACAUCACAGGUCAAGUUCCUGAAAGCCUAUAUUCCAAAGCAGGACCCAUUGUUCCAAUCACUUCACUUCCUCCCAAGAAAAUUCCGAAGGAAUUUGUCACAAAAUAUAAACGAGGGGAUAUAAACCCAGUAUCUGCUUUGCAUCAGUUUGCACAAAUGCAGCGCGUACAGCUUGAAUUAAAGGAAACAGUAGCAACAGGUAAUCUCUUGGGAUCAUACUUUGCAUUUUGUGCUGUGGUUGAUGGCAUUCAGUAUAAGACUGGAUUGGGGCAAAACAAGAAGGAAUCAAAAUCCAAUGCCGCAAAACUUGCUCUUGAUGAAUUACUGCAGUUAGAUGAGACAGAACCAAAACCUCUGGAAAAUCCAGGUCCUCCCAGGAAUCUUUCAGAAACUACAACCGUAACUGAACCUCAAAGAACAGCUGAACCUGGCUACAUUUCAAAGCUUCCUUAUGAAGGGCGGCAUCUUGCGUAUGAAAAAGUUUCUCAAGCUGUCAGGGAAACAUUCAAUAGCUUGACUGCUAAAUAUCCAGAGUACCAGAGUUGUAGCAGUUCGCUGGCUGCUUUCAUAAUUGAAAGAGUUAGACAGCAUGAGGUGGUAGCUAUCGGAACAGGUGAAUUCAACUAUAGUCAAUGUGGUCAUCCAGAUGGGAGAAUAUUGCAUGACUCUCAUGCUGUUGUUACUGCAAGACGCUCUCUUCUUAGGUAUUUUUAUAGACAGCUUUUGCUCUACUACAGUAAAAAUGCUGCCAUGAUGGAUAAGUCCAUAUUUUGCAUUGAGCCAUCUUCAAACUUGCUUGCGCUAAAACCAAACGUAAGCCUAUUUCUCUACAUGAAUCAGUUACCAAAAGGAUCUGCUCAGAUUAAGUCCAGGCUACGCCUCAGUCCCAAUUCUGCAUCUGCAUUUGAAGCUGAUGAGGAACUGUGCCUUCAUGUCGCCGUUGAAGGCAAGGUUUAUCUCACGGUCUACUGUCCUGCUGAAAUUUCUAGAAUAAGCAGCAUGUCUGCUAGUGACAAACUGACAAGAUGGGAAGUACUGGGUGUUCAGGGAGCCUUGCUAAGUCACUUCAUUCAGCCCGUUUAUGUUAACAGGAUCAUUGUUGGGGAUGGGAACUGCCAUGAUACACGAGGAUUGGAAAUAGCUAUCAAACAACGAGUAGAUGAUGCGCUCACUUCAAAACUGCCCAUGUUCUACAUGGUGAACAGACCUCGCAUUAGCUUGGUAUCUGCUGCUUGCGCUGUACAGGUAGACUUGGAACACAGAUCUCUUAGUUUGAAUUGGUCCCAAGGAGACUUGUCGUUGGAGGUCGUAGAUGGGCUAAAUGGGAAGAUCACAGAAAGUUCACCCUUCAAAAGUGGCAUUUCAAUGGCAAGUCGUCUUUGCAAGGCUGCGAUGUUAAGUCGUUUCAAUUUAGUGGUUAAAGAAUCAAAGAGAGAUGAUUUACUUAAAGCGGGCACGUACCAUGAUGCAAAGAUUAUGGCAGAGUCCUACCAAGGAGCGAAAUAUUUGCUGAAAACCUACCUGGAGCAGCAUGGUUUUGGGUCUUGGAUUGUGAAGUCUCCACGUAUUGAACAAUUCAGUAUGUAA